AUGCAGAUAUUCGUGAAGACUCUAACAGGAAAGACGAUUACAUUAGAAGUCGAGCCUUCGGACAGUAUCGAGAAUGUAAAGGCAAAGAUACAGGACAAAGAGGGGAUACCACCAGACCAGCAGAGGCUGAUUUUUGCAGGUAAGCAGCUUGAGGACGGGAGGACUCUGUCUGACUAUAACAUCCAGAAGGAGUCGACGCUUCAUCUUGUGCUUAGGCUGAGAGGAGGAUAUUAA